UCGAAAACCAGUUUCGAUCCUCCUUGAGGUCCCGAGUCGAUCGCCUCUCGGAUCCGUUGGCACAGAAAGAUGAUGCCCAUCCUUUGUACACUCGCACCCUUUCUGACCUCCGCGUCGUCCACCAAAGUGCUUGCACAAAGAGCACAAAGGAGAUUUUGGGGCUACUCGUGCUUAAAUACUGACGUUGAAUGACUUGAAUUGUCACUCGUCACUCUUCACCUCGUUGAACCUCUAACUGUCUGCAGAGAUCUAAUGAUCAUGUCAAGGUCAUCCAAUGGAAUGGCUCGCAAUCUGAUCGAUCUGCCAUCUAGUGUUCAUGAUCAGAUAGCCCGAGAACUAGCCCCAUCCUGUGCCCUUUCACUAGCUUUGACCCACGCGUCUCUUGGACCCGCCGCUCAAUCCGCCAUUUGGUCAGAACUCAACAUCUCUCUUCAGCGAUCGUUCCUGCCUCGACAGUUACCCUAUGAAUGGACCCGACCCCUAGGCGGUAAUAAGCUAUACAAAAUUCGCCAGCAUCAAACGUGGAACCACCCUAGCAAGUAUAUCGAUGCCCUGGAAUCGUACUUUGUUCACCUUGCCGCUCAUCUUCGGGAGGAUCCAAGGCGAGCCAAAGCAGUGCGAUCUAUCUCCAUUGACAGCGACCGUCUCCUCCAUGUCCGAUUCGCCGACGUCCUCAAGCUGGUCGCUCCUACGCUCAAACGACUGGAAUUCAUUUGCGUCGACGUUCCGCAUCUUACAGCUGUAUCGCCUCAAUCGGCCUUUCCGACCGUUCGACAAUUGUUUGAAUCGAAUCUUCAGAUUCACCUUGAUCGCUUGACGCAUCUCUCCUUGCCCCUAGCGCCAUGCUGGGACACAACCAUCCAGACUGUGCUUCGUCGGACGCCAAACCUCGAGAGCUUGGUCUUAACUCCUGAAAACCCGUACAGCGGAGGCUGGGGAGAGAGUACCAUCUUCGAAGAUUCAAACCUCAACGAGCCUUGGACCACGCUUCCGUGUUUGAGGCGGCUGGAGAUCACCGAAUUUGCAUUACCUCUUCUACCCCUUCUCGAGGCGUUGAUUCGCGCCGCUCCCGAUCUCGAGUGGCUCUCCCUUCAAGAUGCUUGUCGAAGAAUGACCGAUGUGGUGGCUGGGAUUGUGCUCGACUACAUUGCCACAUCGCUCAAGCUCAAGUACCUCGCUAUACCCAGAAGGGGCUUGACCGAUGAGCAAUGCAAAAAGCUCCCUCGCAGUGUGGUAGAGAUCUCUACCAUGGAGAGUACCAGACCUUGGGGUAUCCCUCAGCUCGAGGCAACCACAAUCCCGCCCAUUCCAUCCAUGCAGCUGUUCCAUUCUCAUGCCAGAGUCUCGGACCAGGACCAAUGCCUCGUUUGGACCUGGCACGAAGGUACUUGUGCCCUCCCCGCUCCUCUACGACCUAUUAGCCCGGAGCUACUUCAAGCAAUCGGAAAUGCCAGUGACCUCUUGAUGAUCGAACUUUCGGGGACCUCAGACGAUGAAUGGGCCUUUCCGACUUCCGAAACAGAAUGGGAAGAUAGUCUUCCGACCUCCAAAGCACAUCCUCUUCAGCGAGCAGUUUUCAUCAGGACCUACACCAGAAACUCGGAUCAAACUGCGGAGGCGGAAAUGAACGCCGAGCAACCAGAAGAGGUCUUCACGCACUGUCGAAGCUACUACGCUGAGCAUUGCCUCAUCGAGAAUGAUCAGCUGCUCCGCGCUCAGUGCAUGUGGGAGGAGCACCUAGACUACUGUGGAUCUGCGGUCCCCGGAGACAUUUUAGCUCGAGUGUAUGACUUAUUGGGAGAGAAUGCAGGAUGGACGCGACCCGGAAGAGGGCUCGAGCUGCCCGAGGAGGCAUGGGACCUUCUCAAAGAUUGGAAGCGAAGCGUCGACUAGCUUCAACUUCUUUGCCGUCACGGAAAGACAAAAAGCACUGCUAUGGGCGGAGAUCGCUCUGCUUGGACCAGAUUACUCCAUAUAUUUCAAGGCUAAAAGCCCCGUUUCCUCAAUUUCGCCCCCCCAUCAUAAUGCAACUUGGAUCAUCACCCUUUGUUCGCAAAUCAGUCUCGAUCCAUUCUGUUCCUCCUUUGUAGCUGAGCCGUUAAUGGAAAAGGGUGAGAGGUACAUCCUACAUAUAAAUAUGCAGACGGAUCUCAU